AUGGGUUUAUUUAGAACCCCUUUUUUGUGUUCGAUAAACCUAAUUUUGGUUGGACUAUUGCUCUUAGUAAUUUUUUCACUGACCUUCUCGGAUGCACAGAAAGUGGCCACGAAUUCCGGAAGUGGUUACCUGCCGGCCCAUGCGGAUCUCAUGAGGUCCUACAUGAACUUGAGUGCAGCCCCCUGUGACAACCUCUACGAGUACGCCUGUGGCAACUACAAAAACGUGAGAACCGAUCGGUAUUCCCGACAUGGGUACACGGGCUCCUUGGGCUACUUACUGGACGACAGCGCGAAGGAACUGCUGGGCAGGAUGGAUCUGGCGGAGAAGCUCAACGUGUCCCGCGAGCUGAGGGUGGCCCAAAGAUUCUACAAUGCCUGCGUGGCGGCUGAGCUGUCUCCCUUUCCUGCUGCCGAUCCCAGCUACCUGAGGCUCAUUCGGUCGAUCGGAGGGUUUCCCGCGGUGGAUGGUGCUGCCUGGAACGCGUCCAGUUUCAACUGGCUUAGCAUGAGCGCCCACCUCACCAACUACGGGGCUAGGGGUCUGAUCCACGAGGAGCUACCGCAAAUUAAGGGACAGCAAGCUCAGGUAUAUCUGGCGGACAUGGGUUUUGACGCCAUCGUUCAGAAGGACAGCGUCGGAAGUAAAUCCUCCCACGCCUACCAAGUCAACGAGGAGCGCAUGCGCGGAUACUUAAGAUCUUUCAAGCUGACAGACGAUAAAAUCACAGAAGUGAUCGACGGUGUUUUUGCAUUCUGGCGAGAGGCGCUAGACGCGAAAAGCAAAAAAGAUGCAACUUACACGAACUAUAUUUACUACAACAUUUCGAGUUACUUGAAGAUCGCCUGGAACGAGGACGAAGACCGAAACUAUAUGAAGCCCAACUUCAACGAGAUGGACAAGGUGGCUGCCCGGCACCCUGAGGCUGCGGCCAACUAUCUGGCCCUGCAACUGCUGUACGCAUUCGACGCCAAGCUGAAGGACAUUCGGUACCAAAGAGACUAUUGCACCUCCACGAUGCGGAGCUCCAUGUGGUUCCUCUUUAAAAAACUCUAUUCGGCGGCGUACUUAACUGCGGAGAUCAAGCUGGACGUAUCCCAAAUUGUGCAGGAAGUGAGGAACAGCCUGCGAAAGAUUCUUGAGGAAGUCGAUUGGCUCGACCUCCGCUCUCGACAAAUGCUUUUGCGGAUGGAAUCUUCCACUCGGUUUCACUUCGACUCAGAAAAGGCCUACCGUGUAAACAACCGCCUAAUCCGGGAGAUUCGCCGCCUGGAUGUAGUUGACGAUAGCUACGCUGCCACCAACAUCAACUUGAUGCGUUACAAAGUCGAGAUAAAUCGAUUCAGCACCCGGCACUCCUUAGCACAAUCUACCGACCCUACUUCGCAGGAUAGGCUGUUGUCUAUUAAUCCAAAUAGUACACCAAAUAAGUUGAGACUUAUCAUUUCAGCUGAUGUCCUUCAACCCCCUUAUUACCACCGCUCUUGGCCGCCAUCCCUGAAACUAGGCACCUUGGGCGCGAAGCUUGGGAGUGGUAUCACCUCGCACAUUGUCGGCAUGUGGACUUUCUUGAACAAAAAUUACAUGAAAAAUCUUACGCAGUGCUUUAAUGAUGACAGCCUACCGGCGCCUUACUUUAGUGAAGUCUUCAUUAAUGGUGGACUGAGGCCGCCCCUUGAGGCUUUGAGGAAUAACCUCACUAAGUAUCUCCAGAAAGAAGAAAUGCUAGGACUCGACCUGUCGCCGGAACAGCUCUUCUUUCUGGGAAACGCUCAGAUGAGUUGUUCCAUUUACUCGAACGAAAACUACGAGUAUCUGCGUGGCUUAACCAGAGUCAAAGAACUUUUCCAGGCCUUCAACUGCCCCACUGUUAAGACUUGCCAGCUGUGGUAAUCUGCCAGGUAUAGCUGACAAUCCUCCGUACUUUCAUGCAAACUUUAACAUUAUAUUGCGUCGACCCAACUAAAUUAAAUUCAAUUUUGCAACAAUUAA